GCUCACAGUGACCUGGCUGUACUGCAGGCGGUACUCUGACAGCGGAGCUGGGGUCAGAGUGGUGGGCUAUAUUUAGUGCUCGGGAGAGAGCUGUCCUUUCACAGGGAGAGGGAAGAGUGUAUUUUUCCAUAGUCACAGGAUCUACACAGAGGUAAAAGGCUCCUUGAAAAUUUUCCGUCACCUGGUGUAUCAAGCUCCCCUCGCUCUGCCUGGGACAAACCCACAUUCAGAUGGAGAAGCCCCCGCUGCCGAGCGAUGAGGAGGGGACGGGGAUGAUAGAGGGGCAGUCCCGGUCCCAGCUCCUGGCCACGGUGGAGGACCUGGGCCAGGGAGUGGCUGUGGACCCCUCCCGGCCAGCCUGGGACAGCAAGUUCCAGUACGUGUUGGCCCAGGUGGGGUUCAGCGUGGGCCUGGGAAACGUCUGGAGGUUCCCUUACCUCUGUCACCAAAAUGGAGGAGGUGCAUUUCUGCUGCUUUACGUGGUGCUGCUGUUGGUCAUAGGCGUUCCCUUGUUCUUCCUGGAGCUGGCAGCUGGGCAGAGCAUCCGGCAGGGCAGCAUAGGGGUGUGGAAACACAUCUCUCCCAAGCUGGUUGGGAUCGGAUACUCCAGCUGUGUGGUGUGCUUCUUCGUUGCUCUGUACUACAACGUCAUCAUCGCCUGGAGCUUGUUCUACCUGGGCAACUCUUUCCAGUACCCACUGCCCUGGGAGCACUGUCCUGAGUCAGGUCCAAACAGAACCGUAACAGAGUGCAGCAGCAGUUCCCCCACCUCGUAUUUCUGGUUCCGCAAAGCCCUGGACAUCACAGACUCCAUCGACGAGACGGGCCAGUUCAAUCCCAUCAUGACCGGCUGCCUGCUGGCUGCCUGGGUUAUCGUUUGUCUUGGCAUGAUCAAAGGGAUCAAAUCCUCCGCCAGGGUGAUGUACUUCUCCUCUCUGUUCCCGUACGCUGUGCUCCUGUGCUUCCUGGUCAGGGGUCUGAUGUUGGACGGCGCGUCUGAAGGCCUCAGCUUCAUGUUCUUCCCCAAGCUGGAGAUCUGGGGGGAGGUUCAGGUGUGGCGCCAGGCGGCCACGCAGGUGUUCUUCGCCCUGGGGCUGGGCUACGGCUCGGUCAUCGCCUACUCCUCCUACAACCCUACCCACAACAACUGCCACCGCGAUGCCCUGAUGGUCUCCACCAUCAACUUCCUCACCUCCAUCCUGGCCUCGCUCGUGGUGUUCUCCGUGCUGGGCUUCAGAGCCAAGAGCAUCGCCGUGGACUGCGUUGUCCGUAAUGUGGGACUCCUGACAGAGAUGUCUUCCGCAGGCUCAGACCUGCGCUGGCUGCCGUGGUUUAACAUGUCUGACCCCGGGUCCGUGUCCCUGACCGAUUACAGGGAGUGGUUCCAUCACUACGGCAGUCUGGUUGGGAGCAGCAUCACUGACUGCAACCUGGAGGAGGAAAUGAGCAAGGGUGUGGAGGGGACAGGCCUGGCCUUCAUCGCGUUCACAGAGGCCAUGGCUCUGUUCCCGGCCAGCCCGUUCUGGUCAGUGCUGUUCUUCCUCAUGCUGCUGAACCUGGGCCUCAGCACCAUGUUCGGCACCAUGCAGGGCAUCCUCACGCCCCUCAUGGACAGCUUCAAACCACUGGGGCGCCACAAGACCCUGCUCACUGUGUCAAGCUGUGCUCUUGGCUUCCUGAUUGGUCUGCUGUUCACCCAGCGCCGCGGGAAUUACUUUGUGACGAUGUUUGACGACUACUCCGCCACCCUGCCUCUCAUCAUCGUGGUCAUAUUCGAAACCUUCAGCGUGUCCUGGCUGUACGGGGCUGACCGCUUUCUGGAUGACAUUGAGGUCAUGCUGCAAUGGCGCCCCCCGGUGCUGUAUAAGUACAUGUGGAAGUACGUGUGCCUGCUGUCCAUGGCUGGGCUUCUGGGGGCGAGCUUGCUCCGAAUGCUGUUCAAACGUCCCACGUACACUGCCUGGAACCGCAGCAUGGCUGAGGAGAUGACGCUGGAGUAUCCCGGCUGGGCUCUGGCCGUACUGGCCAUGCUGAUCCUGAUCGCCUCCCUGCCCAUCCCGCUGGGCUACGCCCACGCCCUCCUGACGGCCCGCUGGGGCCCGGGCGGGUCCGGGGCUGGCGAGCGGGAGGUGGAGAGAGAGCGGUACGCCAAGUGCGACACGUCAGAGCUGGACCUCUCCCAGGGCCCCGCCCGAACGCGGGACGACCACGACGGCGGCGAGCGGCUCGGGGCCUCCUUCCUGCCGCUGGCCGUCGACGGGCGCUACCGCCUCCUCCCGCAGCAGGAGGAGGGGGAGGAGGACGACACGGGGGUCUGAGGGAGGGGCGGGGGCCGCGGAGGGGCGAAGGGACAACAGGAGAAAAAACGGCUGGAGCCCCCCCUGGGGAAACUGCGGCGGCGGACGGCGUGUGAAAGUGGGGAGAAAUGAUCAUUAGCGCAAUCGUCCUCGAGUGCCUGUUUUUGGCUGAGCAUGUUUUGCACACGGCGUGACCAUGGACUGUAGUCCUUUCCUCUGUCCCCGGUUAUUAGAGAGCCACCGGUCUCCUCCCUCUAAUAAUCCUGCUGCUCAUUAUCUCAGAAAGGUUCAAGUAUUAUACUGUGUAAUGACGGCCAUUUGAAAGGUUAAGUGUUAGAUGCUGUGUAAUGACGGCCAUUUUGUAGCAGCCUUGGGUUUAUUGUCAGAGCGGCCGUGCCGGGGCUUCAGAGAGAGCGUGCGAGAACGAACACGACCGCGUGCCGCUUCGUCGAGUGUGGUGUUGCCAUUGGUGAUAGAGUGGGGCACGUUUCUGAAUUUGCUACGCUUCAUUUUCUUGUCUUUAUUACAGUUUGGAUUUUGCGAAUGGCAUUCGAGCGGCCCCGCUCCGGUUUGUACCGGUUUGUGCCGGUUUGUGCCGUCUUCGAGCCGUAGAGGUUUGUUGUCCUCCAGCUUGCGCGUGGGCGGGACGUAAGGAGACGUGUGAUGUGCAGAGGAACUGGACUGACCCGCUGUGCGUCGCUGUCAUUCCCACCCCCUGGAUCUCCCCCCUCUCUGUGUGAAGCUACAUGCUGCCCUGGGUGAUGCUACUGUCAAUCGUGUGCCACCUUAGGGCGAUGCUGCGGCCAAUCGUGUGCCACCUUAGGGCGAUGCUGCGGCCAAUCGUGUGCCACCUUAGGGCGAUGCUGCGGCCAAUCGUGUGCCACCUUAGGGCGAUGCUGCGGCCAAUCGUGUGCCACCUUAGGGUGAUGCUGCGGCCAAUCGUGUGCCACCUUAGGGUGAUGCUGCGGCCAAUCGUGUGCCGCCUUAGGGCGAUGCUGCGGCCAAUCAUGCUGCUUUAGGGGGCCUCUCCUCAAUCCUAGACAGCAGAGCCUGUCCACACUGGAGCACCUUCUCAAUCCGCCAAGCCAUCCGUCAGCCCCAGACCUACGUCCUAGAUUUCAUGAAAAUCAUCGUGCCCCCAACGGCCAAAUCCUGCCCUGUCACACACAGGAAUUUAGUUCUGAAAAAUAGACCCACGGGUUGAUCCCAGCGCAACGUUUAAUUAGUGUCUCGUGCUGCGAUACCCUGAUCGUACCGCGCUUUGCUGCCAGACCCCGGGGCUCAGGUGCCUGCAGUGUUCGACGUGUGCGUGUGUUCCAGCACUAGGUAUCCUGUUCAGGAGAGCUGAUAUUCAGUUUUCCCCUGCUGUACUUUGAGCCGACAGCUAUGUUGUCAUUGCACCCAAAGCCAGCCGUCCUUAAAUGGUCACUCAUAAUAAAGGUCAUAAUGAGGUUAAAAUGAUGUUGUGUUGUACAGAUUGUACGGUGCACGGUCAAGAGAGGAAUUGCAGCAACACACACCUUCAAACCACAACACUGUUUAUCCCUCCCCCUGACGUUGAAACACCCCCCCCCCCCCCCCCCCCCAUCAACUGCAUAUUUUGAAACCUGAAUUUAAGGACUAUAAACACAGGCAGAGGGUGAAUCAACAUGUCAGUGAACCGUUUUCAAUAGCGUAGAAUACAAAGGGAUUUAAAAUGAUCUUGUAAAAAUGUUUUAGCGAAAGAGGCCUUAAUCUUAUCCUGCCAAAGAAAGGAGCGUAAUGCUUCUUUAGUCACAACAUAUCCAUAGAAAGCUGUACCUUAUUGUUCUACAGUGCGCUCAAAUUCCACGAUGUGGUCGAGUACAAGCCUAGAGGCCCAGUGAGUGGGGGCUUCUUCAAAAGCCCAUGCGCAGAUUUUUCCUGUUUUUGAGCUUUCCAUAUGAUCUGGAGCUUCCGUACUGAUCCAAGCAAAACAAUUGCAAUUUUGGUAGAAGUAUGCAUUUUAGGGUCUAACUGAUAUUUGAUAUUCCGAGCUGUUUGUAAUGUUUUUGCUUACUUAUCAUAUGACGUAGCUAAAUGUUAGCAUGCAGAGCUGACCACAAGAGGGGGAGGGGGAAUGGGCUCUGGGGGCAAGGUUAGGGACAUUUCAAAGAACCUACAUCACUGCUGUUUGUGAAGGUUUUGUGGGUGUUUUAGAUACUGAAACCAGGAAGAGAACACUGAUGCGUGUGGACCUUUAACCCUGAGCCCAGUUCGCCUGAUUAAAUCACAAAUCCAACUCACUUUCCUGCCAAUGUGAAAACCAAAAAAAUCAUCCUCUGAUAGAGUGCCAUUUUAUUUUUGUAUUUAUGGUUUAAAGAAUGUAUAAUAUUCUGAAUUAUGUAUAUUUACAGUAUUGAAAAUGGUGUAUACCCAUACAUUGGGCUCCAGAGUUAUUGGACACCCUUAAGGCUGCAUAUACAGUAAUAAAUAAUAAAAUAUUAAAAAACACAGAUAAUAAUCUAUAUAUGUUAUGUUCAAACAUAAGGGAAAACUAGACACUUUUAUUUAAAAACAUUUACUCUCAUGUUUCAAUGUUUUUUAUUCAGUAAUCUCAUUAUAUCUGAAAUCCAUAGGUGUAAAAAUUAUUGGUGCCCCUAACAAUUGUAAAUAAUUGUUAAAUUGUCAAUAAAAUUUUACGUAAUUUACUUAA